AUGGCGGCUUCAAACUUCAUCUCUGCUCACUUGGCUCUCUGGUGUGUCAUAUUUCUUACCCUUUUGGCUGUUCGCGAAUGUAAGGUUGGCAACAACGAAAGAGAACAUAAUAUCACUGCCAUAAUAACAGGAGAGGUUGGCAAUGGCAGCAACAAGAGGUCUGAUGUAGUUGGGGACGAAUCAAAUAUGGAAGGUUGCAGAGAAAAUAAUAUCAAUGGAAACAUUAAGUGGUGUUGCUGCGACUAUGCCUGCUUUGACACCUAUCAUCAAUGUCUAAGCAAUUGUAACUGCUUGAAUUGA